AUGCUGUCAUCCGCAGGUCUCGCGGCCGUUCGUCGCGUGCUCACCAGCUCCGGCGCGGCAGCUCCAUGGCGUCAAUCCACAGGUCUAGCAGCCCGCGCAUUGGUGUUGCGCCUUGCCAUGCCAUCGGUGCGCACAAUUAGCAUCUCGGCGUCUAUGCGCUCGCCGGCGGCCAAGUCCACUGCCACAAAGUCAAAGACCUCGGCCAAGAAAUCGACGACCAAGAAGACCGCAAAGCCCAAGGCUAAGAAACCCGUCAAGAAGAAGGCGAUCAAGAAGAAGGCCGCCGUCAAGAAGCCGAAGAAGACGACUAAGAAGAAGACGUUGACGCCCGAGCAAAAGGAAAGAGCCGAGAUCAAGAAGCUGAGACAGAUGUCGCUGCUGAAGGGACCGACUUUGCUCCCGGAGACAGCAUGGAAUGUAUACUUGAUUGAUAACAUUCGCGGCGCCAGCGGUUCUGUAACAGAGAGGGCCAAGGUCCUUUCCACCAGCUUCAAGAACUUGACUGAGACCGAGAAAGAGCGCUUGACCUCAAUUGGCAACUCCAACAAGAUUGCCAACCAAGAGUCUAAGAAGAAAUGGAUCCAGUCGUUCCCUCCCGAGGUGAUUUACACGGCUAACCUGGCCCGCCGUCGUCUCGCUCGCAAGACCGACAAGUCCAAAGUCUAUUUGAUUCACGACGACCGACUUCCUCACCGUGCUGGAAGCGCAUUCACUUACUAUCUGAAGGAACAGUUCAGUCAGGCUGGUACUGAAAAAGUCACCGACGCUAUGCGCACCAUCAGCGAACGCUGGAGGUCACUGAGCCCUAGCGAGAAGGCUCCUUACAUAGAGCGGGCUCAGGAGCUCAACAAAUCAUCAGGAACCCAGGCCAAGGACUUGAGAGAGAAGGGCGCCAAGUACUGGAAGGAGAAGCUUGCCUCUCCUUCA